CUCCGGCUGCUCUCUGCGCCCAUGGCAACCCGCGAGGGCCGGCACGGGCCUUCCUCCCGCUCCUCUUCCUCCCUUCCUUCCUCCCGCUUCUCUUCCUCGCUCCUUCCUCCCGCUCCUCUUCCUCGGCUCCCCGGCGCUGGGAAUAUUCACCACGGAGGCCCUGGUGGGAACCAGGUGAAAGGGACAGGCAGGGAGAGGCAUCUCUGGGGCAGUUGGCUGCUCGGGGCAAGGCUCGACUCUUCCGUGUGCUGAUAGCAGCCCCUCGUGAACAAUGGGGUCGUGGGGCCCUUCCCGGCAGGAAAACGGCUCAAUCCGGUGAAAUCUCCCGCUGCUGCUGACUCAGCAGGUCCUGGAGGUGCCGGGGAACCGUCCCGGGAGCCAGCAGGAGAGAUGGACUCCUUCAGCACCAAGAACUUGGCCCUGCAGGCCCAGAAGAAGCUCCUGAGCAAAAUGGCCACCAAGACCAUCGCCAACGCCUUCAUCGACGACACCAGCAGCGAGAUCCUGGACGAGCUGUACCGGGCCACCAAGGAGUACACCCACAACCGCAAAGAGGCGCAGAAGAUCAUCAAAAACCUCAUCAAGAUCGUGAUGAAGCUGGGGGUCCUCUACCGCAACGGGCAGUUCAGCCCCGAGGAGCUGCUGGUGCUGGAGCGGUUCCGCAAGAAGGUUCACACGCUGGCCAUGACGGCCGUCAGCUUCCACCAGAUAGACUUCACCUUCGACCGCAGGGUGAUGUCCAGCGCGCUCACCGAGUGCCGGGACCUGCUGCACCAGGCGGUCAGCGGGCACCUGACGGCCAAGUCGCACUCGCGCAUCAACCACGUCUUCAACCACUUCGCGGACUACGAGUUCCUGUCGGCGCUGUACGGCCCGGCCGAGCCCUACCGCACCCACCUCAAGAGGAUCUGCGAGGGCGUCAACAAGAUGCUGGAGGAGGAGAACAUCUGAGGGCGCCCGGGGGCUCGCUGGGCUCUGCUGCGACGCCCGCCGGGCUCGCUGCCCCUCUCCCUCCUCUGCGCUGCUCACUCGGGCUCUCCUCGUUUCUCCAAGGGACUGAAGCUCUUGGCUUUGUCCCCCCCUCGCCCAGGGUGUGCAAACCCCUCCCUGCGCCAGGCUGAGCCCUCUCUGGGGAUUUUGGGCCCUGCUGUACAGUUUGAUCUCCUUUGCCCACCAAGUGCCUUUAGCUCAGAGUCCAAGGAUUUGGGCUCUGCCUUGAACUCUGUUGUAACCCUCUGGGGGGAAACUGAACCAAAGACUCGUUUUGAAGCACCUUUGAGGUGUGUCUGAGCAGGUGGGGCGUUGUUGGGGUGAACAAUUCCGAGGGUCUGUAACUGCAGGGCUCUGGGGCUCCGUGGUUUUCUCCCAGCAGCUGCACAAUGUGACAGGAGCAAACCAUGGUCCAGACUUGUGCUGCCCGGGCAGGAAGGCGCCUCUGCGUGGGCCUUGGUGUCUUUGGUGUUCUCAAAGACAAGUCCCUGAGGCCAGGAGUAUCCCUCCUCUCCUGGGGGAGGGCUGGGGGGGAGCUGCUCCUUCCCUGGAUCCCGGGACCCCCCGACACCCAACUCCCCUCCAGUGCCCCCAGGCAGCCCCAGCACUGCCCUGGGUGGCAUCCAAAGCUCCCCUGGGAUUUCAUCCCUCUUCCAUGCCCUUGACUGAGUGAUGUUUGUUUUUAGCAAACUCUGUAGCCCCGAUGAGUUAUUUAAAUAAACUCACCUGUGUGGCCUGGGA